AUGGCAGAAUGGCACGACCCGUCAUGCCGGCGCCUAGACGUCUUCACCAGCGGCGGCAUCUCCAGCUGCCUAAGUUGCGGCUCCAUCCAACUCGAUCUCGAUACAUUAUCACCACCAGAAACAAAUGACGAGGAUAAAAAUACAAUAGACACUGCCGUCUACAGGCCCCUAGAAUCCCAAACAGACAUCCGCCUCCUCACCCUAGAGCCGGGGGAAUUCGCAGACCCCAUCAGAUGCACCCUCGCCCUGAGCAGCACCGCCAGCAUGAUAGACUACGAUGCGAUCUCCUACACCUGGGCGAGCGAGGACGGCGCGAUGGCCUGGACGCAGCCCAUCACCCUCGACGGCCGCGCCUUCUUCGUCACGGCCAACUGCGAGACGGCGCUGCGGCGCGUCCGCAGCCGCGGCGCGCAGAGAGUCGUCUGGAUCGACGCCGUCUGCAUGAACCAGCAGGACGUCGAGGAGAGGGGCCACCAGGUGCGCUUGAUGCCGCAAAUCUACUCCCGCGCGCAGCGCGUCCUCGUCUACGUCGGGGAACCGGUGCCCGAGGAAGAGGCGCUCUUCCGCUUCUUGAAUGAUCGGGACACGACGACCCCGGAUCUGCCCCGGCGGCUGUCGCUCCAGCAGGCGUUGGAGACGUUGCUCACGCGGCGGUACUUUUCGCGGGCAUGGAUUCUUCAAGAGGUGGCGCUAGCUAGGCAGGCGACGUUGAUCUGCGGGCAGUACGAGAUGCCCUGGUCACGGCUCCAGAUCCCCUGGCUGGCGGACCGAUGCUUGCUCAUCAACACGAAAGAGAAGCCGCGGCUGCUGAACAUGCUGCAGCUGCCGUCCGUUCUGCAGUUUCGGGCGCCUGCGUACAGGGACUCGAGUGACCUGCUCCGGCUCCUGGACCUGGCGCGCAACAGUCAUGCCUCAGAUCCCAGGGACAAGCUUUUCGCCGUGUAUGGGCUUAUAUCUUGCGCGCAGAGCGAUGGGAUUGUAGCGGACUAUACGAUGUCGACGAGGGAGGCGUAUAUGCAGAUGGCUAGGUGGAUUGCGCAGAGGUUUGGAAUCCCGGCGUUACUGCUCAGGUCGUUUCACGUCGGCGAGGUCGGCGAGGAAGCGGAUGAGGGGGAUGAAAUGGUCCAACAGGAGAAGCCUGAGAAAUUCAGAAUCCCAUCAUGGACGCCGAAUUGGACACAUAAGCCCUCUUCGCGAGUUAUGCCAUUGCUUACGGAGAUGUAUGACGAGACUGCAGCAGGAUUUGGUCCAGUCGGCCUCCCAAUCAGUCUGAAGGUGGCUGAAGACUCCCUCGGGUUUCCAGCUUUCAAGCUGGGAAAACUAUGUGAUGUCCUGAGCGAGUACGAUGCCCAAGCAAGAAGGGCAAGUCCUCCGGGAUCAGUCGUUGCAGCAAAGCCAUGGCCGUAUACGGUCUUCGAAAUGUCACAUCUGGGCAGGAAUAAGUCGUGCGAUCAGGUGGCAUUUGUUUUCUGGACGCAAGACCCAACGAACCCUCAGCGACCUCAGUUUCCCGAAGUCGAACAAUUGUUUAGGAAGCUUCCAGGCCAUGAUAUCACGGCUUACGAUGCGGGGCGCAGAGAAGAGUACCAGGACCUUUACGUAUAUCUAGCUCCCAAGGCGGAUAAGUACGAUGGAUUUUCCUUCGAGGAGCCGGGUACCGUCGCAGUUUGUGUUGACAAUCUUUCAUGCGUGUGGAUUCACGAUGGCCUCGACAAACGGGUGACUGAGGGCCGGUUUAGCAAGUACGCGAUCUGCGCCAGAGAUCUGGGUCGUGGGGAUAUCCGCAUCGCCGGGUUGUUGCACAUGGAUGGGCUCGUGCAUGAAGGCGUUUGGAAGAGUGGCCAGUUUGAAAAUGUGAGCCUCGUCGGCGAGGAUCUUGGAGCUUACCCAGAGCGAGGUAACAAGCCCAGGCGCAGCGCGUACUACUGGGAACGUGAACAGGAGCGCGCACAGUCAGCCCGAACCGGACAACUUGACGGUGCGGACGCGGCAACUGCCACAAAUGGCCCCUAG